UAAGUGAUCAUUUACCAUAACAAGUUUUAUUAAAUUUAUUCUUGAUGCUAAAAGUUGUUUCUGUUAGUGGAAAUACCUAGAAAAUUAUUCAAAUCAAUGCAUUGAUAUGCAUUGUGCACGCGCAUUUCAUUUAUUUAGAAAAUUGACAUUUGGAGACACUCGAUCGUCGUUCAUAACCUACAAUUCAAACGUCAUUUGCUUGGUUUUUUAUAGUAAUUUUAAUAAAACAGGAGAAAUUGGAUUGAUUAGAAAUCCCACCCCACCUCUCUUCCCCAAACACCAUUCUGGUGCUGUGGUAUCAUCCAAUGCAAUAAAUUUGAGAAAAAUGGGCUCAAAAUCUCCAGUUACAGGCUCAAAAUCAGAUCAAAUGAAUCGUUUGAGUCUCGAAAAAUCACCCUAUCUUCUCCAACAUGCCCACAACCCCGUAGACUGGUACCCUUGGGGCCCGGAGGCUUUCGAAAAAGCCAGAGCCGAAAACAAAUUGAUAUUCCUUUCGGUCGGUUAUUCGACUUGCCACUGGUGUCACGUUAUGGAGAAGGAGAGUUUUGAAAAUCCAGAAGUCGCCGCUAUAAUGAACGAGUAUUUUGUUAAUGUUAAAGUCGACAGAGAGGAAAGGCCGGAUAUUGAUAAGAUUUAUAUGACUUUUAUACAAGCCACAACCGGAGGAGGCGGUUGGCCGAUGUCUGUGUUUUUGACGCCUGAUUUGAAUCCUGUUACUGGCGGGACUUAUUUUCCACCGGAGGAUAAAUGGGGACGACCUGGGUUUAAAUCGAUACUGAGAAAUUUAGGAGAACAAUGGCGUAAGAACAGUUCUGAUUUAAUGGAAACCGGUACUAAAGUCUUAGAAGUUCUAACAAGAGCCACAAAACUGGAAGCAACUGAUAAUGGGGAUCUUCGAAUCCCGUCCCCCCAAUGUUUCGAUCGUUGCGUCCAGCAAUUUGUACGGAACCACGAUCCAGUCCAUGGAGGUUUUGGGCCAGCACCAAAAUUUCCUCAACCGGUGAAUUUAAAUUUUUUAUUUCAUGCUUAUGCCAGAGAUCCUACUUCUGAAGAAGGACGAAGUUGCCUCGAAAUGGCUUUGAGGACUUUGGAUAAGAUGGCUGAUGGCGGUAUACAUGAUCAUGUCUGUGGAGGCUUUGCUAGGUAUUCUGUUGAUGAUAGGUGGCAUGUGCCGCAUUUUGAGAAAAUGUUGUACGACCAAGCUCAACUUAUAAUUUCGUAUUGCCAGGCCUAUGUAGCGACUGGAAACGAAAAAUACGCCCGUGUAGCAAAAUCAACUUUGCAAUAUUGUAUACGAGACUUGGGACAUCCCGAAGGAGGCUUUUAUGCUGCCGAAGAUGCUGAUUCUUUGCCAGACCACGAUUCUGAACGCAAACAAGAAGGUGCGUUUUGCGUGUGGGAGAAGAAAGAAAUCUUCGAGUUGCUCAAGAACCGCAAUCAUGCCAGUGGCGUACCAUUUUUCGACGUAUUUUGUCACCAUUUCGAUGUUCGAGAAUCUGGAAACGUGGCUCCUGCACAAGAUCCUCAUGGCGAACUCAUGGACAAAAAUGUACUCAUUGUUAAUGGAAGUUUGGAAGCCACUGCUGAAAAAUUCGCAUUGAGCGUGACGGAAACCGAAAAAUUGUUAUCAACAUGUUUGUCUAUCCUCCGUACAAAACGUCUACAACGACCGAAGCCUAGUUUGGAUGCAAAAAUGGUCUGUUCGUGGAAUGCGUUGAUGAUAUCGGCUUGUGCCAAAGCUUUUGAGGCACUUUCAGGAAUGGCUCCAACCAACAACGAUGGGGGAUCACCUAAUAAAGAAUCAGCAUCUAAAAAAGCUGAAACUGAAGCUGAAGGUUUCCUUCUGAAGGCUAUUUUGUGCGCAGAGUUUGUCAAGAAGUACUUGUAUAUUCGUACUGGCGCUGACGGGGCUCAAGGUGGACUUUUAAGGGCUUGUUAUGCUACCAGGAACGCUGAUGGGAGCGUAGAACAACUUGCUAAUCCUAUAAAUGGUUUCCUGGACGACUACGCGUUCAUGGUUCGGGCUUUGCUGGAUUUGUAUGAGGCCACUUUAGACCGGUCCUGGUUGAGAUGGGCCAGGGAAUUGCAGGCUGUUCAGGAUGAAUUGUUUUGGGACGAUGAUGCUCCUGAACAUGGACGGGCAGGAACAGGAGGCGGAUAUUUUACCAGCGCCUUGGGAGACCCGACGGUUGUCAUGAGGCUGAAAGAAGAUCAAGAUGGUGCCGAGCCUUCCGGCAACUCUGUUUCGGCCCAUAAUCUUUCCCGUCUGGCGGCACAUUCUGGAGCCUCCCACGAACAAUUGUCGCCCCAACAGAGACACAGGAGCAGUUCUUCAGGAGGCAAAAGAGUCACAAUCGGGGAACCGGAGGCCAUCAAAGCCAGAAAGAUUUUGGCCGCCUUUUCACACAGAUUGGAAAGGGCGCCUGUCGCCCUUCCGGAGAUGACGAGCGCCUUGGCUUUGGCGCACGAUUCACACACUCAGAUUUUGAUAGCUGGUCGAAAAGAUGACCCCAGAACGAAAGCGCUCCUCAAAGUAGUCAGAUCCAAAUUAAUACCGGGACGAGUACUUGCUUUAGCAGAUCCUGCCUUGGACAGUGAAUCUUGCAGUUCGACAUCGACGCAGGAAGAAUGUCCUUUGACUUCUAGGAUAAAACCAAUCAAUGGGAGAUCUGCAGCUUAUGUGUGUAGGGGUAGACGUUGUGCUUUGCCAGUCACAGAACCUGAAGAUUUAUCUAAACUUAUUGAUGAAACUGACCGAGAUCAUGAUCACGGUCAACAAAGGCAGCAAGAAAGAGCCGGUAGUCAUGCCCGUGGCGAAUAAAUUAAUUUAAUCGAUUAAAAAUUGGUUAAAUAUUUAUUUAUAAGUGCAAAAAUGGCGUAAGUGAUUUUUUUUUUGAUUUUGAUACAGGUGGAAUACUCUUUGGCUUUCUAUCUGGGGUGACUUUCCUGUCUUUCAUAAUUGUUUCUAUAAGAAACACAUGCAAAACAUUUAUUUUGUAGAGUCAAAUUAUUAUUUUU